CAGAGCCGGCUCCCCCCGCCGCCGCCGCCGCCGCCGCCGCCCUCUCCCUCCUCUCCUCUUUCUCUCCCCCCGCCGCCUCCCCUUUGUCCUCCCCCUCCGCCGCCUCCUUCUUGGGCGCUUCUGCCGCCUCUACACGACUCAGGCCCUCCGUCCCUGAGAAGUUGUGUUCGGUCUCCUCUGUGGGCCCCGGGCGCAGCCAUGGCAGACGGCGGCGGCGGCGGCGGCACGGGCUCCGUGGGCGGCGGCGGAGCGGGCCAGGCCUCGGCGGGGGCAGCGACAGGGGCGGCGGGGGCAGGUGGGAGCGGCGGCCCCAUCAACCCCGCCUCACUGCCUCGGGACCCGCAGCUCAUCGCACUCAUCGUGGAGCAGCUCAAGAGCCGGGGCUUGUUUGACAGCUUCCGCCGGGACUGCCUGGCCGACGUGGACACCAAGCCAGCUUACCAAAACCUGAGGCAGAAAGUGGAUAAUUUUGUGUCAACACAUCUGGACAAGCAGGAAUGGAAUCCUACAAUGAACAAAAACCAGUUGCGAAAUGGUCUGAGGCAGAGUGUGGUUCAGUCAGGGAUGUUGGAAGCUGGAGUGGACAGAAUCAUUUCUCAAGUGGUGGAUCCCAAACUAAACCACAUCUUCAGACCACAGAUAGAAAGAGCAAUUCAUGAGUUCCUGGCGGCCAAGAAAAAAGAAGCUGUGCCAGCGCCCCCUCCAGAGCCUGAGAGCCAGGACCCCCCAGCUCCAUCCCAGGAUGCUUCCUAAGAGUGUGUCUGACACUUUUUGGAAGCUCCAUUAAAUUAACUGUGAAGAAAUGGAUUCGGUUACUUAAGAGUACACCUUCAGAACGAAGACAGGCCGAGGUCGUCACUGAUUUCAGCAUUCAGCCUGGACUGUGGGGUAGCAUGCAGAUUGAACAGGCAGUAGCAAAGUUGACCUUGUGUGCCCCCUCAUUGUGCUGCCAUCCGGUCAGCCUGUCGAAGGGGAUGGCAUCCAGAAGACACUACAGAGUUAUAAAGAAACACUACGUCAGCCUGGGGUUGUCCUGAAACAAACCUUUAUACUUGAACUUGGAGAGUGCGUGUGGAUUUUAGGGUUUGUGUUUGGGAUCCUAGAGGGGCUGGAGCUACAGAGAAUGAAGAUAACCAGUCCCAAAGAUGCAAUUUCAAAGAAUGACAGUAAAGGUUAGCAUGGAGUAGGUGUUAGACAGUGCUUAUUUGUCAACUAGAACAUGUAAGCAUUAGCAUCAAAUAGCUCUAAAGUUGUCGUGACCCUGUUGUACAUGAAUCUUGUAGCUUCGGUUUCCCUUCCUCAUAAGAGGUGACAAAACAUGGGACCCUAGAAUGUGUGAGGAAGUACGGACAUCGGGUAAAAGGAAAAACAUUUGCAGGCUCUCUGUCCAGGGCUUUUUCCUAUCCUGCAAAGGCUGGUGAGUCUUGGGUGUGUUUAUUUUAUUCUCAUGUUUAUGUUUUUUAGAAAAGUUGAAUGAUCAAUGAAUGGCUUAAGUUUUGUAAUAAAAUCAUUUGAUACUCUUA